GGAGAAAAUUUUCAUGCUUUUAGAAAAAGGAAAAGAAACUGUACUGGAAAGCAACAGUUGCAGAGAGGAACCAGUUUUUUUGCAGGUGAAAUAACAGAACAUUAAAAAAGAUUCAGGCCUGGCCAUGGCUGUCUGGUUGAUUCCCGUCUCUGUUUCAGACAUCGCCUGAAUUCUAAAAAGCAAAGCCCAAAUUGAAAUUAUAAUCAACAAACAAAACCCACAUCAAAUUCAUCCAUUUUUUCUCUUUUCUUCACACCCAAUUCAUCAAAAAUGGCCGCCUCUUCUUCUUCUUUCUCUUUCAAACCCCAACUUUCUCUCUCCCGUCCCUGCGAAAAAGAAAAAGAAAAGAAAAAAGAAACCAUUUAAACCAUUUAUUUUUUUAGGUUCUCGAGCCUUUUGACCGAAGCAGCUGGAUUGGGCCCUUAACUGGUGCCUCUCCAAUUUCUCGCUGUGUCAGAAAACGCCAUUAACGAAGCGAAGAUGCUUUCGAAGCAAGCAAGCAAAGAUAUAAAACAGAGGCUCAAAAAUGGCGGAGGCUGAUAAGAAAUUCAUGGGGUUUCUUUUGUUUCUUCAGAGAAUGGUUUGUUCUGUUUUGUAAGGACGUGCAGAGAAUUCGAAGCAGAGAGAAGAAGAAGCCAAGCCUUAAGCUCUGUGAAUUUUUUUCUUUUUUCAUUGCACUAAUACGACAACCCCAAUACGUACAAAACGACACCCCAAAACAUUCCUUAGAACUGGCCGUUUCUUCCUCCUUUCUUCCUCUCAAUGUUAUUAGCGGCUUUUGUAGCCUUAUUUCUCACCACCACCUCUGUCCUGUCGGCGCCGCCCAUUGCGGCGGAGAAUUUCCAACCCGCCGCCGCAGAGUUUCAGAAACUUAACGCCGCUAGAUCCUACUUAGAGAACAUCAAUAAACCCGCCGUCAAGACGAUUCAGAGCCCGGAUGGGGAUUUAAUCGAUUGCGUGCUUUCUCAUCUUCAACCAGCUUUUGAUCACCAUAAGCUCAAAGGGCAGCGGCCAUUGGAUCCCCCAGAGAGGCCGAAAGGUUACAACUCCUCCGCCGAUUCAAUAGCAGAGAGAUUGCAGCUAUGGCGGCAGACCGGAGAAUUUUGCCCGGAAGGAACUGUUCCGAUUAGAAGAACCACAGAACAAGACAUUUUGAGAGCAAGCUCUGCUCAAAGAUUUGGUAGAAAGCCAUUAAAAUCUGUCAGGAGAGAUUCAACUAGCAGCGGCCAUGAGCAUGCUGUUGUGUUUGUCAAUGGAGAACAAUACUAUGGAGCAAAAGCAAACAUAAAUGUUUGGGCACCCCAUGUGAGCGAUCAAUAUGAAUUUAGCUUGUCGCAAAUGUGGGUUAUUUCUGGAUCAUUCAAUCAUGAUCUGAACACCAUUGAAGCUGGUUGGCAGGUCAGUCCUGAGUUAUAUGGAGACAAUUAUCCAAGAUUCUUCACAUAUUGGACGACAGAUGCAUACCAAGCAACUGGAUGCUACAAUUUACUGUGUUCUGGUUUUGUCCAAACUAAUAACAAGAUUGCCAUAGGAGCUGCAAUAUCUCCAAGAUCUUCUUACAAUGGCAGACAAUUUGAUGUCGGUUUAAUGAUUUGGAAGGAUCCAAGGCACGGGAACUGGUGGCUGGAAUUCGGGCAGGGUCUGUUGGUAGGGUACUGGCCAGCAUUUUUGUUCAGUCACUUGGGAAGCCAUGCCAGCAUGAUCCAAUUUGGAGGAGAAAUAGUAAACACAAGAUCAACAGGGUUCCACACAUCAACACAAAUGGGGAGUGGGCAUUUUGCAGAAGAAGGCUAUGGGAAAGCUUCUUAUUUCAGAAAUCUGCAAAUAAUUGAUUGGGACAACAGUUUGCUUCCUGUCUCAAACCUUCAUCUAUUGGCUGAUCAUCCAAAUUGCUAUGACAUAAGACAGGGAAAAAACAAGCUUUGGGGCAAUUAUUUUUACUAUGGUGGUCCUGGUAGAAAUGUACACUGUCCAUGAAAAUAUUAUAAUUAAUGGCAUAGAAGAGAUUUUUAUUUUUA